AUGGCCUUGGUCAAUUCUCUAGGUCUACAUCAACCUACAGGACUUCAAUAUGCUAUUAAAGAAGGAUACCUGACUGCAGAUGCAUCUAGUAGUUCUUACGACUGGUAUAAUGUUUGCGACGAUGAUACAGGCUCAGAAGUCGACGACGAACUAUUAGUUACACCAAGAUGUGUAAUUUGGUCUCGGGGAGGGGUCUUUCGAAAAAGCUACAAUUUUGAUCUCGAGAAAGAACCAAUUACACAGGCAUUGUUGACCUCGUUUCCCAGCGUGGGACCGCUACCAUCCAAGAACGGAACACCAAAGACACAUCAGAAGGGCUCGAAUACAAAGGAAAAGGCAAUUGUAGUGUUCUUGAAGACGCAGGCGCAUGUUUACUUUCUCUCUGGAACUAGUCAUGUUAUACAUUUGCCAUUUGAGGUCGAGUCUGCCACUGCAGCACCUAUCGGUCUCAUUAUACAGCGAAAGUUACGUUCAGAAACUAAUGUCGCAGCAUCUAUAAAGUUUCCACGAGUACCACCCAACUCCUUUGUCUCGUCUCAACCUCAACCAUGGUCUGCGACAAGUUCAAUCCAGUCCACCUUUUCCACUGCGGACUUAGGUGCCCCUAUGCAGAUGCCAACUCAAAUGUCUACCCUAGGAGAUUUGUGGGAACCUCCUUCUAUUCAAAGUGAUGCAAAUUGGCCACGAUUAUUUUCCUUAUCCGAUCCAUUGUCAGAAAUGGGUUUAGUCGUUGCUCAGCCAGGCUUGUCUGAUGGCCGAGUAAAGCGUAGGAGUUCCGGCAAGAUAUCAACAUUGGACCCUUCGGAAGAGAUUCUUCAUGUAUCUCGACCAAACGAAUUUUCUGCCAAGGACUCAGAAAAUCCUCUUAUACUAGCCAUCACUCUGAAUCGCGAGACUAGUAUGUAUACUGUGUGGAAGCUGACUUAUGUUGGGCAAGAACCAAUACCAAACGGCAAAUCUCGAGCUCCGAGUGGUGCAGCGUCGCGCCGACGAAGCUCAUUCAUGCCGGGUGGAACAGGUGCUACAACACCCAUAGGAAAUAGCCAGCAGACCAUGCGAGAAAGCUUUGGUGGGGCUACCCCUGGAUUUAAGAAAACUCCUGCGUGGUCUGAAGAUGCGAAAAAAGACAAAAAGAUCGAUUUUGCCUCUACGCUUGAUCCUGAUUAUGAAGGUGGUAUUAUGCCUAGGAGAAGCUCCCGACGUGUAAGCUCAAUGCUAGCAAGAGCAGAUUUAUCGGCCUCACAUGAACGAAAUGCUUUCUCUGAAUUGGCGACUGGUCAUCAGCACAAUGCAGGUCGACUUCGCGAUUCUUUGGGGAGCCAGCAUACCAGAACGAGUAUUGGACUAAAUGGGCAAGCUUUCUCUCAGCCCAGUCAACUGAGCCAGAGCGUCAAUAGUUUCCUUGAAGCACCAGUUGACGAACUUCUCGAUCAACUUCGUGCUGGAGGUGAUUUUGGCGGCUUCAAUGAUAUGGGCCUUGAUGAUGACGAAUUUGACGCUCUUAGACAGGAAAUCACCCUUACCAAAGUUUGUAGUGUCUCCGCCGAACAUAGUAAUCUUCGCUUUUCGAGUCAACAUAUACCAGCAAAGAGUCAAUGUAAGAUCUUUAUAUUGCCUGCACCACUGUCUGCGGCAGAUGAUCAGCAGGGAAAUUCAAUUGUCAUAUGUAUUUUGGAUUCAGAUGAGAAGAAGCUUCUUGUUAUGACUCUUAACACCAAAGUUCAUAGAAGAGCCAAUUACAAUGACAAUGAGGUUUCUCCAAAUUCAGAGAAGGAAAUAACAUUAGUCAAUCUAAAAGAAGUUAUGAGAGCUCCAGGCGUGAUCGAUGCUUGCAAAUUCGACGACGGCGAUAUAUCUCGUAUCCUAGUUUUGACUGAAACAGAUGAUGGUUUUGGAGAAUUAAGUCUACAAGCCCCGUGGAGUAUUCUCAUGAAGGUGACUCUGCCGGCAAAUUUCGUUAUAUACAACAUUCGAAACUUGAGUCAUGACCAAUAUCCACGUGAAAAGAGGGAAGGAAGCUUCAAGAGAGUGCUUAGUCAAGGUCCUCGUGCUUUGAAGGGUCUGCGUAACCCAAAACCUCGAGGGCUAGUCGAUUUGGUAGAUGACGAAGGCAAAAUGCAUCAGCUGCAAAUACUCAUGCAGCCACGCAGUCCUUACGUGGCCAAAAUUCUUGAGGUGUGCACUAAAGUUUUACCAGGUGCAAGUGGAGGCGAAGGAAUGCUUGUUACAUGGUGGAAUGCUAUGAGGUGGCUUGAACUUGAAUCUGUUGAAACUGCAGAUGCAGAAUGGACGUCUUUACUCAUUGUUUUAUUCUCCAUGGUUAUCAGCUUUAGUGCAGCCAAACAGCCUCAGAAGAAGGCUCAUGCCACAAGAAAAUCACGCACAGCAUUAUUACGAUCUAGCAGUGGCGGGCAAGUUGAUGUGAGUUGCUAUGAGACUAUGCUCAGUCGAUUGGCUCCGUAUGGAAAUCCCAUGCCGCCUUGGCUUAACAGCGGUGGAUGGAAAUGGCUUCUGGAUGAACAAGAGGAGUCGGGAAUUUUUUCUUCCUCUGAAACGGAAAGCCUUCUAUCGACGACUAAGGACAAGGAAACCUUUACUAAAAGGCAUGUGACUCUUGCACAAACCUUUUUCUACUCAAAAUUAGGUCAAGAAGCGGUUACAGGCUAUCUACCGACGGCGACAAACAAAUCUCUUGAGCUUCGCCAAGCUGCUCUGAUUGAUAUUCUCACCGCCUUGCAUUUAUUGCGCGAGGAGAGAAAGCUUAACACAAUGACAGCCGACUCGUUUAGUACUGGCGUAUCUACUCUAACACCGGUACUAACUCAAAUAGUCCGAUGGCUCAGGUGGGAAAGCUGGAUCGAUUUUUAUGAGACUGAAGAAGCCUCUUUAGUAGAUGCACCUUAUGACAUCGAUCUCAUUCUCGCAAAUCAAGUUGCUGAGCCGUUUGAUUGUCCAUCAAUUUACACAUGGAUUCAGGAUUGUUUUCUUGGUCGAAAGUUGAUGCCCUUUUUGACGCUUCAAGAUAUAGUGACACUAAGGUCUGCCAUUCCUACUAGAGGCAUCAGAGAUCUUGAGCGAUGGCGUAGCUCAACACCAAGAACAUUGCAACUUGCACAAUUCUUUUCAUGCAUGCAGGAUGGAUGGUCUCCUGUACAACUCGUAGAAGCACUGUCUGCUUCUGGAGUAGAUAGCCUUUUUCUUGAGACUUUACCAGAGGCUAUACUCGCACCUCUUCAAGAAGCGAUCGUCGAAUGUCAAAGUGAACCUCCAACAACAUGGAGUCGAGAACUGCUUGCACUGGUUGGUCGUGAAGAUGUUACUAUGCUGUUAACGCCCGGCCGUUCGGCUCGAAACUUUCAGCCCUCUUUAUUACCACCCUCACAUGAAUCAAGUCUGGACGUUCAUGCUAUCUGCGCAUCUACAACUGAGAUUGAAACAACUGGAGCGUUCGAUGGAUCCGCCGAAGUAGAUCGUCAAGCUAUUACUCGGACCAUCUUCAAAGAUGACAGAAGAGUAAAUGAAGCAUCUAACAUACUAAACACUUUCCGAUCUACAGUUGCUCGUGUCAAAUCCUCACCUGACUGGACAGAAUCAGAAUUGUUAGAAGCUCAAAAAGAGCACGCGCAAAUGCUGGCUUAUCGCACUUUGGCCAUACCAUCUGGCAAAGGAUUACUAUAUUACAGUGCUCGCAUCCCCCUUUUAACUCAAAGAUUUGCUAUUGGGGGUUUCAAUCUAAGCUGUGUCAUGAAACCAAAUAAUAAUACCAUAGGUGUUGAUAAGAACGCAUUUACCGAAGAAAAGGUCUGUUGGGCAUUCUUCCACGCAGGCGUAUCUGCUGGUCUUAGCAUUUCUCGAGAUGCAAAAGGUAUUGAUACUUCAUGGAUUCUGUAUAACAAGCCACAACAAGAUCUAAGUAACCGUCAUGCUGGGUUCUUACUAGCACUUGGUCUUAAUGGCCAUCUUAAAUCGGUAGCAAAAUGGGUUGCUUUCAGAUACCUGACACCAAAACAUACAAUGACAUCUAUUGGACUACUUUUAGGAUUGGCUGCAUCCUAUAUAGGGACUAUGGAUUCAUUGAUCACACGGCUACUAUCAGUUCAUGUGACAAGAAUGCUCCCACCUGGAGCGGCCGAGUUGAACCUUUCUCCACUCACACAGACUACUGGUAUUAUGGGUAUAGGCUUGCUAUAUUGUAACACCCAACAUCGUCGGAUGAGUGAAAUUAUGGUAUCUGAGAUGGAGCAUAUUGAUCAAGAGGUUGAUGAGGAGCCUUUGAGAAACGAAGGCUACCGACUCGCGGCAGGGUUUGCCCUUGGGUUUAUCAAUCUCGGCAAGGGCUCUGAUCUGAAAGGACUUCACGAUAUGCGUCUCACAGAGAGACUCAUUUCAUUGGCUGCCGGAAGCAAGAAAGUUGACCUUGUACACAUCUUGGACAAGUCCACGGCUGCGGCAAUCAUUUCUGUCGCUCUUAUAUAUAUGAAAUCGGAGAACCAGGUGUUGGCUCGCAAGGUAGACGUACCAGACUCUGUUCUCCAAUUCGAUUACGUUCGACCUGACGCUUUUCUACUUCGAACACUCGCACGGCAUCUAAUAAUGUGGAGCAAGAUAGAGCCUUCACAUAAAUGGAUUAAAAAGAGCCUACCCACUCCUUACAAGAGUCGAAGUUCGUUACAAUGGAUCAGAACCUUAACAUCCGCAGACCUCCCAUUCUACGAUAUACUAACUGGGCUCUGUUUCAGCAUUGCUUUGAGAUUCGCCGGUUCGGCAAAUCUGACCGCGAGAGAUAUUCUAUUGCACUAUUUAGACGAAUUUAGGCGAAUAUGUCAAAUUGAAGCGGAUUCCUUUGAUAAGAAGUUAGCAAGAAAUACCGUUCGCAAUUGCCAAGACUUGGUGGCUCUUGGGGUAGCUACUGUCAUGGCGGGCACUGGAGAUAUUGCUGUUCUUCGUAGACUUCGUUCAAUGCACGGUCGUGAUGAUAGUGAAACACCCUAUGGUAGUCAUCUUGCAGCUCAUCUUGCCAUUGGUGCAUUAUUCUUGGGUGGUGGUACUUUCACUUUCGGAACUUCAGAUAAAGCAAUUGCCGCAUUACUUGUGGCAUUCUAUCCGAUAUUUCCAUCAACUGUUCAGGAUAACAAAUCUCACUUACAAGCUUUCCGUCACUUCUGGGUCCUAGCUGCGGAACCUAGGUGCCUCAUUACACGAGAUAUUGACACUGAUCAACCUGUUCCAAUACCUCUUCAAAUUACACUUCGUGAUGGGAAAGAAGAAGAACGCCACACACCUUGUCUUAUCCCGGAAAUCAACCAGAUUAAAACGGUUCGAACAUGCAGUUCUGAGUACUGGAAUGUUGUUCUGGAUCUUGAGAGCAAUAAAGCCCAUGUGGAAGCAUUCAAAUCAACUCAAAUUCUAUACGUUCGUAAACGCCCAGCUCACGAUGCUAGUACCAACGCAUUCAAAGCUACUCUUCAAGCCUUAGACGAAGCUGAUCAAACAGCAAAUCAAUCCCUUCAAUGGCUUUUUAAACUCCCUGCUUUCUCAACACUUACUAAAGCGGAGAGGGCGUUAGUAUUGCCACCGGAUCAUGGUGGACCGAGGGAUAUUCAUGCAGGCGCAGAACAAACAUCUGUGGACUCUAGGUUAAUUCUUGAACAUGCGACGCUAGAUAGCGGGAAUAAGGACAGAUUAUUAGGGUUAAGGUUGUUGUUUGAGUGGGCGGAUAAAGCUAUGGAGGAGGGAAGGGAGAUGAGGUGGAUUAGAAAGGAGGUGGUGCAAAGGUUAAGAGCAAGGGUAUGGGUUGGUGAGAUGGAGUAG